AUGCAACUACAUCCAACAUCCAAACGUAAACCAACUACUCACCUUGCGUCUAAAUCUGCCGCUGUCCUAUUUUUCCCUCUAUCCGUCGAGCCUACAAACUUCACUGAUGCCUCAAAAUUUGGAGAAUGGCGCACUUCUAUGUCGGCUGAGAUGACAACCUUAGCCAUUGAGUGCUACAAAGCUCGCUUAGUUGCAAAGGGAUUUCAUCAGGUUGAGAGCCAAGACUAUCAAGAAACAUUCAGUCCGGUCCCACGAGUAUGGUAUAAAAAGCUUCACCAAUUUCUCUUUUUCGUUGGCUUCACUUUCUCUAAAAUCGAUGUUUCUUUGUUUAUUUACUCUCACGCCAAUUUUGUUGCCUACCUCUUGGUCUAUGGAGAUGAUAUUGUACUCACAGGUAACAAUACUUCAUUUCUUGCUUCCUUUACUCAAGAGCUUGGUCAUGCCUUUUCCAUUAGAGAUCUCGACCUACUGCAAUAUUUUCUUGGUGUUCAAGUAUCUCGCUCGGGCAGUGGCCUUUGGCUCUCUCAGCCUCAAUAUAUCCAUGGUAUACUCACCAAAGCUAGGAUACUUCACUGUAAACCUCUCAGUACUCUCAUGGCCACCAAUGCCAAGCUUCAUAAGGGUGACAAUCUAACUUUCGAUGACCCAAGUCUUUACAGGCAAGUGGUUGGUGCUCUUCAGUAUCUCCCUCCAAUGAGACCAGAUAUAUCAUUUGUGCACACUAAGAAUAUGUCAUUUUUCAUUUCAAAAGCUUUUAAUCUUCACUUAGAGGCGUUCACUGACUCUGAUUGGGUUGGCAGCAUAGAUGAUCGUAAAUCUACUGGUGGCUAUGCAAUAUAUUUUAGGCCAAAUUUGAUUUCAUGGUCCUUUCGCAAACAACGAAUGAUGGCACAAUCAUUUAUAGAAUUUGAGUACAAUGCUUUAGUAGAUGAUGCUGUAGAAUUAACAUGGACUUAA